AUGAAUCGAUACGAUCCGAACCCUUUCGCCGACGAGGAGGUCAAUCCCUUUGCGAAUCCUGGAGGUGGAGGUGUUGCCCCUGCAAACCCAAGGCUUUCGCCCCUUCCUCCGGAACCCUACGAUCGCAAUGCAACAAUUGAUAUUCCUCUUGAUAAUUCAAAGGGUUUACAAGCAAAGGAGAAGGAACUCAAAGCUAAAGAGGCUGAAUUGAAAAAGAGGGAACAGGAACUAAAGCGGAAAGAAGAUGCCAUACAACGAGCUGGAGUUGUUAUAGAGGAGAAGAACUGGCCUCCAUUUUUCCCCAUCAUCCAUCAUGACAUUGCAAACGAAAUCCCAAUCCAUCUACAGAGGAUCCAGUAUGUUGCGUUCACAACAUAUUUGGGUUUGAUUGUGUGUCUUCUGUGGAAUUUUCUGGCAGUUACCGUAGCCUGGAUCAAGGGAGAAGGUGUAAUAAUUUGGCUUCUGGCUAUAAUCUACUUCCUAGCAAGUGUUCCUGUAGCCUAUUUCGUCUGGUAUCGCCCUCUUUAUCGUGCUAUGAGGACUGAUAGUGCUCUGAGUUUUGUUGGGUUUUUCUUGUCUUAUCUGCUCCAUAUUUUGUUUUGUAUUUACGCUGCAAUUGCUCCUCCAAUCUUUUUAAAAGGGAAAUCUAUCACGGGUAUUUUGCCUGCCAUAGAACUGCUGAGUUACAAUGUUUCGGUUGGGAUACUCUACUUGAUUGGAUUUGGGUUGUACGUCUGCGAAACCCUUCUCAGCAUCUGGGUUAUUCAGCAAGUAUACACGUAUUUCCGAGGCAGCGGAAAGGCAGAACAGGUGAAGCGGGAGGCUGCACGAAGCACCAUGAUGGCAGGCAAUGUGAAGUGGCGAAAACCUAUGGAUUUCGGGUAGAAACUUGUUAGGAUUGUUUUUUUUUUUUUUUUUGGUCAAUGGUUUCUUCACAAACCAGAAGAUUUUGGGGAUACUAGUAUCUUGUUAGGCUGUGCAGUCAGAUGGAUGUUGCUCUUUGAGUUCCUACUUUUGUUCAUUGAGUGGUAGUUCAUGAUUUUUAGUCACAUAGGCCUUCCUUCGAUUGUCUCUACAGUUUUGAAUUUGCUUCAACUUCAGUCUCUGUAUUCAUAUAUAAAUAAUUGAAAACAUUAACGUGUUUGGUAACUGUUUCGCUUUCAAGUGAAAAUUAGUUCGAAAGUUAUUUGAUGAACGUUUUCGCUUUAUGUAUAACUAGGAAAUGAUUUUUUUUCUUGGGAUCCUAUUGUAAAUUUUGUUGUCGAGAACAUGUGACA